CCGAGCUGUUGAGGAAGCAAGGGUCGAAAUCAGGUAAUCAUCGUCACCCUGGUCGCGGCUUGACGGAACGCCUUCUUUACGGUCAUUGUGAGGACACAUCCAGCAUCACUGCUCUUCACCUCAGUCCUGUCAGGAGGGAGAUGAACCUUCCCUACCUCUGGCAUCCACGGUAUGAACCUCCGCACAGUGGGCGGCACUGUGCUCAGCUCCCUGGGCCCUAGCCUGGCUAUGCAGGCUGGUGGAGAUGGAGGCUGGAGCUCUCUGUCCCUGAAGCCCUCUAUACUCCACACCAUGGUGCCUGCCGCCGCCGGCUAUGUCUCCCUGCAAGAGGAGCGUCUGGCCAUGGCGGACCUGGGCGCCGGCAAAUCCGAGCCACACCAGAACGGCUACCGCUGCGAACUGGGCCACAGAACCAGCCGGGCGUCCAUCACGCUGUCCGACCCUGGUGACGGUUGCUACGCAGAGACGGUACCCAUGCUGCCAGCAGACGUCGAUGGCAGCGGGGAAGAAGAGGCAAACGAGGAGGAAGAGGAUGAUGAGAGCGAAGAGGAAGGACGAGGCCAGAGACGACGGGUUCCAAACAUGCCUAAGGAAUCGCCGCUCGCCAUGGCUCUUCAGAUCCUGGUGCCCUUCCUGCUGGCCGGGUUUGGCACCGUGUCAGCCGGCAUGGUGUUAGAUGUGGUACAGCACUGGGAGGCAUUUAAAUACAUUACAGAGAUUUUCAUUCUUGUACCUGCUCUUUUGGGAUUGAAAGGAAACCUGGAGAUGACUCUGGCAUCCAGACUCUCCACUGCGGUGAAUGUGGGGAAGAUGGACUCACCAAUUGAGAAAUGGAACCUCAUCAUUGGAAACUUGGCUCUAAAACAGGUGCAGGCUACAGUAGUGGGGUUUCUGGCAGCGGUGGCGGCCGUGGUAUUAGGUUGGAUUCCAGAGGGAAAGUUCCAGAUGAGUCAUGCUGUGCUUCUCUGUUCCAGCAGUGUAGCCACUGCCUUCAUAGCAUCAUUGCUACAGGGGAUCAUCAUGGUGGGGGUGAUCGUGGGUUCCAAAAAAACGGGCAUAAACCCUGAUAACGUGGCCACGCCCAUUGCUGCCAGUUUUGGAGACCUCAUCACUCUGGCCAUCCUGGCCUGGAUUAGUCAGGGCCUCUAUAACUGCCUGGACUCUCAUCCGUAUGUGUCAUCUGUGGUCUGUGCCUUUUUCCUGUGUCUGACUCCUGUAUGGAUCGUCAUCUCCUCCAAACACCCAGCCAGUCGCACGCUCCUCUACUCAGGCUGGGAACCUGUCAUCACCGCUAUGCUCAUCAGCAGUAUUGGAGGUCUUAUCCUGGACAAAACUGUGUCUGAUCCAAACCUGGCUGGCAUUGUCGUCUAUACACCUGUUAUAAACGGUAUUGGUGGGAACCUGGUUGCUAUCCAGUCCAGCCGCAUCUCCACCCACCUCCACUUCCACAGCCUGCCUGGGGAGGUGCCCGACGAGGCCAAAGGCUGUUACUACCCCUGUCGCACCUUCUGUGGCACAGGAGCAAAUCACAGGUCAGCACAAGUGCUGCUUCUAUUGGUCAUCCCGGGUCACCUGAUCUUCCUGUACACCAUUGACCUGAUGAAGAGUGGUCACACCACACUGACACACAUCUUCAUGGCAGUUUACCUGGCAGCUGCACUCCUACAGGUCUUUUUGUUGCUGUGUAUAGCUGAUUGUAUGGUACAUUCGAUGUGGAGAAAUGGGAAGGACCCAGACAGCUUCUCCAUUCCAUACCUGACUGCCCUCGGUGACCUUCUAGGUACGGGCCUCCUGGCCCUCAGCUUUCACUUCCUGUGGGUCAUCGGGGAUCAGGACGGCGACGUCGGUGACUGAGAUCAACCCUUCGAUCUUUGCCCUGGGGUAUCGAACUCUCGCCUGCCUGUCUGCCUUUCUCGCUUCACACAAUGCCUCUGUUUGAACUCACUUAUGACUGAUCAUGGACCACUCUUCUGCCUCUCCUGUUCGCUCCUGUGUCACGACCGACUUGACAGAGUGGACCUGCUUGAGAAGAGGGGUGGUCAAAUGGCCACAAAGCCAAGUGUGUCAAACAGGACCAUUCAUCCAGGACAGUUUUAAAGACUGGGCUUUCAGACUGCAGUGACUUUUUAAUGCAGUAUAAUUAUUUUUUAAAAAAAGACUCUCAUAUGCCUACAAAGCCACCUCUUUGUCAUCUUCAUGACCAUGGUCACUUUUUUGUCUUUGCAUUAUUUUCAGACAGGCCAGUGAAUUUUGCAGGAUCAGUUUACCUGUAUAUCUUUACUCCUGUACACCUAAUGAAGUGUUGUUAUUUUUUUUUUUUUUUGAUUUGGUGACAUAUAAAGUUGCUCCUGUCAUAGUUUUACCAAAUAUCAAAACCAUGUGUAUUAGUCUCAGACAGCAGUCAUAGGAUAAUGAUCACAGUGUUGAAAUAUGAUGACUUUAGAAUGCUGUUUUAACAUUCCUGGCCAUUCUUGCCUUUUCUUUUUGUUUUUCUUGGGUUUUUUUUGUUUUUGUUUUUUUAACUCAUAACGCUCUUGGCCUGCCCACUUAGAUAAUGUUCUUCAUGUUGUCUGAUGUAGUCAGUAUGCUAAGCUUGGUCUGACCAAUCAGAUUAGCUCUCUGUUGAUGACAUAAUGAUGUUUACUUGCUGUGAACAUGUCGUUACAUGUUUGUAUCUCACUGCUCAAAUGCACUGUUCCUCAGUAGCGUGUCUACUGAAGAAACAGUCCUUUUUAUCGUUUAACAUCUGCCUCUUUUACAUGUUUCUCUUUUAUUUCUGUUUUAACAGUGCUGUUCAACAGUGCCAUUAAAGACUGAGAUGUUAAUAGCCACUAUUGGCUUUAUCGGAGACAAAUGACAGUUUUA